AAACCGAGGCAAGGGCCAAUUGCAUGCUUAAGCGGGAUGAAACGCGUGAACCCAGCAUUUACGCUCAAGCACUCCAUAAUCGAGGAAUUAUAAAUAACAAUUGCAAAAAAAUGCAGUCCUCAAUUUGCUCUUUGCGUGCUGUGCCUUCUGCUUGCCGUGCCGAGGCUGUGUUUAGCACCACCGGGAGGCAUUGUGUGGCUAAGUCACACCAUAAAUAUGCGCAUGCCGCCGGGCAUCGAACUAUCGGGACCCAUCAAGGAGCCUACACCGCACCGCAAUUACGCGGUGGCCCAGCGCGGCGGUCGGCGGGUGUGUGCGGCGCCGGAGCCAUGGACUCCAUGCCCACGUGGACUUUGGACCAACUUGCCGGCCUUGCAUUUGGCGUGGUUAUGAUUGCGUUCGUGGUGAGCGCCCGGCAGGUGGACGUGUUCUUUGCAAAGCAGCAGCGGCGGCAGCUGGGGCUGUGCGAGCAAUGCGGCGGCGUGUACGAUCCCGCCACAUGCCAGCAGGCGGGCUGCCCGCUCAAGAAGAAGUGAGGCGGAGGAGUUGAAGGAGGAGGAGGGAGAGGAGGAGGCGGUGAAGGAGGAGGAGGGGGAGGAGGAAGAGGCAGGCGGCGCGGAAGCGGCGGUGGAGGUGGUAGCAGCAAGGAGGCCGCGCGAAUGCGGCGGCACAGGCGGCGAAGUUGUCAUUGCGAUUCGGAGAUAGUGACGAGGGCAGAGUGCGUCAUGUAGGUGGCGGUGAAUCGGUGAUACGCGUCUGCAGUGGCCUACAGUGGCCGAUAAGGAUGCCACGGGCAUCACUCAUGUGAGUGACUCAUGUGCGGGUGCUUGAUGUGGUGGUGCGGCGCCAGGCCGUAAGGCGGCGCCGAGCCGGUCACCCACCGCUGCGGCGUAUACGUGCAGUCACAUGGACAGUGGCGUGGUCGAUUCGAACGCUUGGGGAACGGGAAAUGGGCACCAGGUAGGGACGAGUCCCACGGAGUAGGAGGGCAGCGGCACCGUGGCGCAGCCGCGCAGGGUGCGGCGACGGGAUUGUCGGUCCCAACCGUUGAAUGUCAUGUACCCAUGUUGUCACGCUCCUGGGACAGGACAUAAGCGCAGCCAGGAAAAUUGUGCAUGCGCUGAAGAAGCCAUGGUGCAGAGUAGUAGGGACCAGGGGAGAGGGACGGUAACGUAAGGCCUAUAAUGCAAUCGUAC